CUGUGCUUCAAAAUUGACAAGAGUGGGAAGGAAGAGGAUAAAAACAGGCUAAUCGAAAGAAGCAACAACAAAAUCAAUUGUUUAUUUCUAUUAAUCUUUGCUAAAGAACCGGAAAUCUCUGAUAAAUAAAUGGGUGACGAAAAGCAGCCUGAUGAUGCUCAAUCAGAUCUAUCAAAUGCAACAGAAAGCUUAAAAAUUGAAGUUGAUCAGAAAGAGAAUGGAGAUGCAUCAAAAUCUGACAAAGUAAAAAUUGACAUCCUGUUGAAAGCUACAGGCAAUGCUCCAAUUAUGAAAAAGAAAAAGUGGGCUGUGGAUGCAGAGAAACCCAUUGGAUGGAUCAUGGAGUUUGUCAAGAAAUAUCUUAAAUUAGAAGCAGAUGAGAAACUGUUUCUGUACGUGAACCAGACGUUUGCACCGUCACCAGACCAGUUAGUGAAAAACCUUUACGAGUGUUUUGGAACUGACGGUAAACUAGUGUUGCAUUACUGCAAAAGUCAAGCUUGGGGCUGAAAUGCCAACUGUGUUCCAAAGUAAGCUAUAUGAACUUUAAAGACAAUUUUAACAAGUAAGGGCUUGAAUUUACUGAAUAAGAAUUUAUCUAUAACAUAAGGUUCAUUGUGGGAAAUCAUUCACAUUGAUAUUUUAAAUGCAUUCUGUUUUAUCUGCAGUCUGAUACAUUUGACACAAUGUAGAAGGGGCAAAAUAUGUAUGAAAAAAUGUCAAAAUCAGAACACAGGUAUUAAAUUCUUUAUUAUAA